AUGUUUGAACCAUCCGCUACUUUGUCAAAUGGAAACAAGAUACCAUUAGUUGGUUUUGGUACAUGGAAAUCAGAGAAUAAUAAAGUUGGUGAAGCCGUUAAGCUUGCUCUAGAGAAUGGAUGUCGUCACAUCGAUUGUGCCGCCGUCUAUGGUAAUGAGAAAGAGGUUGGUGAAGCAUUCAAGAGUGUAUUCGAUCAAGGAAAGAUCAGCCGUGACGAUGUCUUUAUCACUUCUAAGCUCUACAAUACAUGCCACGAGAGACACUUGGUCAGAAAGCACUGUGAGAUCACCUUGCGUGACUUGCAAUUGAAGCAGUUGGAUCUCUACUUGGUUCACUGGCCAAUGGCAUUCGAAUACACCGGUGAGUCACUCGAGGAUCCAACCAACGACGACGGUUCCGCCAAGACCAUCAACGUGCCCAUCCGUGAGACCUGGGAGGAGAUGGAGAAGUUGGUCGAAGCCGGUUUGGUAAAGUCGAUCGGUAUCUCCAAUUUCAAUGUCCAAGCAAUCAGCGAUUUGCUCACCUACGCCAAGAUCAAGCCAGUCGUUAACCAAGUCGAGUUGCACCCAUACAACUCGCAGCCAGAUCUCAAGAACUACUGUGAGAAGGUCGGUAUUCACUUGACUGCCUACAGUCCAUUGGGUAGUGGAAAGUACGUCGACGACAAGACUGUUGCCGAGCUCGCCGACACCUACAAGAAGUCGAUUCCAAACAUUCUCUGCAGAUGGGCUGUCCAAGUUGGAUUCUCUGUCAUCCCAAAGAGUGUCACACCAGCACGUAUCAUCGAUAACCUUCAAAUUACAGAUUUCGUCAUCAACGAUAGCGACAUGGAGAAAUUAAACACAUUGAACAAACGUGAGAGAACUUGCGAUCCAAAAUAUUUCUGGGGUGUUCCAAUCUUUGAUUAA